CUACCGAGGUGAAUUGCGAAGGCCGACCUCCCUUGCAAAGCCCAGGAGCCUGCCCACUCCAAUGUCCUCCAGGUGUGCGUCUCCAGGUCUUUGCAACGCGAUAUCAAGUGGAGAGGAGUCUCAUCCUCCUCUCCACAUCUCGGACACCCAGGUUCUCGUUCCAUACCUAGGUGCGUCAGGUGUUUCCUCGUGAACCAGUGAUGAGCCCCACGAGUAGACGCAGCUUAGGGCCCUUUUUGCUAACGAGGGGGGAGAAUGCCUUAUGCACAACGGGUAAGGUUUUCGACCGGUAGUGUGACUCCUAGGUUACCAGAAAAACUAACCCCUUGGAACCGCUGGGGGGAAGUACCUAACCUGGUCUUCAAUCCUGGGGGAGCGUACUAUAGUGUUGCUCCAAACAAUCCCUGCAAUAGGGGGCAGUGCCUUGACCACCCCUUCACCUUUCCACCCUGGGGUUUUAACUCGCACCCCUUGCUCUGUUGCUCUAUUUGCCUAGGUCAGAGGGAGGGGAGGGGUAGUUUUCAGCUUAGGGUCCUGCCUAGCAGCGUUGAUGGCCCUCUGAUCAGGUCCAGAUCUGGUGGGUUUGGGUUCUCACCCACGCCUUCACCAUUUCUUUUACCUUCCCCAUAGAGACACCUACAUGUUGUAUCCAGGUCAGGACGCAUGGCUCCUCAAGUAAAGUGAUAGAAGAAAGGAACCUGUCCAAGCGAAUAUCAUUAACAGAGAAGUGGACCAACUGGAUCAGCAGGAUAUCUGAAACCGAAGACAUCUACAAUCUUCUGAGUGUUAUUAUUUUAAAUAAGUGUAUUUAUAUCUUCAGCUCAGUUCACAAUGUAAGUCCAGUGUCUAGAACGAAUUACAGUUGCAAGUAAUUUGUGGACAAAGAAGUAAUACAAAAGAAGAAACAUUUCAUUAUACUGAGAAUUAAAGAUCAAAGGAGGUGAAGUCUUCAAAGGAUCACACUUUAAAGCAUCACUGGUGAUGAAAUUCUAGAAGGAAUUCUUUUCACAAUUCCUCGAAAUGUACCGUGUCAAAUAAAAGAUCUAGAGAAAUAAAAUCGAAAAAAGGAUAUACGAGUUGAAACUCACGUGUCUGAAGGGAGAAUUUGCAUGUUGAAUUGCAUUCAAUUGUACGCUCUUCAAGAAGAAAGGGUGAAGCAAUUUGAAAAAUGAAUAGACAGGGAAAAAGUACAAUGGAUUCGUGUUCCAACCGGUGUCCCUGUUGAUGCGAGAAGAAAGUAAGGGGAAAGAUAAAAAUGUAGAAGCAGGAAGAAGUGAAGAUGGACAAUUAGAGGAAACAUGGACGCCUCUAAUGCCAUUGGCAACAAUACUCGGGAUUUCUGCGUCGUUAGAUCAAAGAACUUUGUACCUCCAGACGAUGAGCUCUGGUGCAAACCAGUAUGGGACUCGUUGCUCUGCUGGCCCCCGACCAAAGCAUCGACGACGAUCAAGCAGAGAUGCCCGUUCGAGGAUGGAUUCGAUACGACCAAAUCUGUGGAGAAGAAGUGCGGCUACAACGGUCGGUGGGAGGGCCAGAACGGUACCAGCAACGAGGACACCCAUCACGGAUGGGCGAACUACACGACCUGUCUGAUACCGGAAAUGUUGCGGCUACAUGGAAAAGUUUACACCAACACCAUCGAGGGUAACAUGAAGAUGGAAAUAGUUGAGAAGACUCGAAUAUUGGAAUUCGUUGGUUUGAGUAUUUCUUUGGUAGCAUUGCUUGCUUCACUUGCCAUAUUCUGUCGUUUUAGAUCCUUGAGAAACACCAGAACCAGGAUACAUAAGAACCUUUUUGUAGCCAUGGUUGUCCAGGUUCUCAUCAGAUUAACAGUGUACAUAGACAUUGAAAUCCAAAGGAAGAAGACGUAUGGUAUUCAAAGGGGUAUAGGAAAUACACCUGUGCUGUGUGAGGCCAGCUAUGUUCUGCUGGAGUAUGCAAAAACUUCAAUGUUCAUGUGGAUGUUCAUAGAGGGCUUGUUCCUACACAACAUGGUCACUGUUGCAGUGACGGUGUUUCAAGAGACGUCUUACUACAGGAUGUACAGGUUCAUUGGCUGGGGAUGUCCUGCUGUGAUGACCUUAAUCUGGGCCAUCAUUACUGCACUUUAUUAUCAUCCAAAGUCCAGAUUCUCCAGAUGUUGGUCAGGUUAUAAUUUGUCUUCCUACUUUUGGAUCCUUGAAGGACCCAGGUUUGCAGUUAUAUUGCUCAAUUUUCUGUUCCUACUGAACAUUGUAAGGGUACUCGUGGUGAAGCUUCGACAGAGCCACACCAGUGAAAUAGAACAAGUCCUGAAAGCUGUGAGAGCAGCUGUGGUACUUCUGCCACUAUUGGGCAUCACCAACGUGCUCUGCAUGAUAGACGCACCUCUGCACAAUGUGAAGAAAUUUGCAGUAUGGUCUUAUUCCACGUACUUUCUGCAAUCUUUUCAAGGCCUGUUCAUUGCAACACUCUAUUGCUUCCUAAAUGGCGAGGUGAGACUCGCUCUGGACAAAACCAUAUCCGUCUACCUUUCUUUGAGAGGAACUGACCUGCAACCCAGAAGACAGUCAACCUUUAGUGGCUGCCAACCCCAAAGAGUAGCAUCAGUGAUUGAAAUGGAAGAGGAGGAGAUAAGACCAACCGGUUGGAUAAGACUGUGCUGUCGAGGUGGAAACACUCCACCACCGGACCGACCUGCCGAAACAGCGGUCUGACUGUGGAGCGUCUCAGGAAUCCUUGACACUGGCCAAAAACUUCAGAAUUAUUCCACUUGGACUGUGA